AUGGCCCUGCUACAGGCCUCUGUGCAGGCCUGCCCCACCUAUGCAGAGGCCUACAAUAACAUCGGCGUUGUGCAGAGGGAUGUGGCCCUUGUGGAGGAGGCUAUCGGGUCAUAUGAAAAAUGCCUGCAGCUGUGUCCUGGGUCCCGCAACGCUGGGCAGAACAGGCUGCUGGCACUGAACUACAUAUUUCCUGGCGAGGAUGGCCGAGUAUGCAAGGCUCAUUCGGAAUGGGGCGAAGAGUUUGAGAGGACAAUGCAGCCACUGCCUCCUGUUUCGCGCAGUGACUGGGACACCAACCCCAACAGGGUCCUCAGGGUUGGAUACAUCUCCCCAGACCUCUACACGCACUCUGUUGCCUUCUUCGCUGAUGCGCCACUGUCGCACCACAACCAGGAGGCUGUGAAGCAUGUCGUAUACAGCUGUGUCCCACAGGCAGAUGCGAACACUGCAAGGCUGCGCCAAGCUGUGCAGAAGGCCGGCGGGGAGUGGAAGGACGUUGUGCACCUGUCCGAAAGGCAGCUGGCAGGGCUUGUCCGGCAAGACAAGAUCGACGUCCUGGUGGAGCUGAGUGGCCACACUGCCAACAACCGGCUAGGGACCAUGGCACUGAGGCCGGCACCCAUACAGGUGACUUGGAUUGGGUACCCGAACUCCACGGGACUGCGUUCAGUGGAUUACCGCUUCACAGAUGUCAACUGCGACCCAGUCAGCACCCGACAGACGUUCACUGAGGAGCUGGUGCGACUGCCGGGCUGCUUCCUUUGCUACACACCACUGGUGAACCCACCACCCGUUGCUGCAGCGCCCUGUGUCCGCAACGGUUUCAUCACCUUUGGGUCGUUCAAUGGACUGGCCAAAAUAACACCAGAAGUGAUAAAGCUGUGGUGCCGAAUUCUGCUCAGUGUCCCCUCCGCACGCUUCGUCCUGAAACAGAAGCCCCUUGUGUGCGAGACCACCAAGGCGCAUCUCUUGCAGCUCUUCGCAGCAGAGGGCAUAGAGUCCUGGCGUGUGGACCUCCUUCCGGCCAUCCCCCAGACAUACGACCACCUGGCCAUGUAUUCACUCAUGGACGUCAGCCUGGACCCCUUUCCAUAUGCUGGCACAACCACUACUUGUGAGUCCCUGUUCAUGGGCGUCCCCUGCCUGACGUUGAAGGGCCACUGCCACGCCCACAACGUGGGCGUAAGCCUGGUGCGCGCUGUGGGGCUGGAGGAGCACUGGCUUGCGAGCACGCAGGAGGAGUACUUGCAGCUGGCGGUGGAGGCCUCACAAGAUUUCGAGAGGCUGGAAGAGCUGAGGUCUGGGCUGCGGGAUCGCAUGCUGAAAUCUCCCCUGUGCGAUGCGCCCGCCUUCAUGCCCAAGCUGGAGUCCACCUACCGCUCCUUGUGGACGAGGUGGCUGAAACAGAGCGGAGAGGGGGGUGACUGUGUGUCUCUAGAACCUUCCCAAAUGCCACACAAAAGAAAGAACUCCAACGAGCUGGAGCUGCAGAGGAAAGCGUCGCGGGAGGGCACCCAAGUGGAAACGUCCCCAGAGCAGGGAUGCUGA